UAUGUGAAUGCGGUUAUCGUACCAUGUGCCUAAUCAGUGCGCGGCAGCUGGUUGCGUCGUGCGAUUCACGGUAGUACGUCUGGGACCGUGUCCGUUAGCAAACCGCCUUUAAGUAUUGUCUGUGAAUAAUUUAAAUAUUUGUUUAUAUUUCAUCUAAUUGUUUAUACAUUUAGUAUAGGCCGUCGAUCAAAUAUGGUUUUAUGCAUGGGUUGUUGUAGCAAACGAGAUUAUACACUUUUGGAUGGAAUGUCUUCUUAUCAACCUUCUAGUAACACAGAUUUUACUGAAACUAUAGCAGUCAAAUGCGGAUAUUCUUAUAAUUUUACAAAAACUGUAAUAUUUCACAUCGUAGCAGUAUGUUUGCUUGGUAUACCUUACUUGGCUAUUCACUGGUCGAGUAAUUUGAAGUUAUUACUUCUCAUGUCUAAAUGUCCAUUAUCGACGGCCGAUUGCAUUCUCGUUAACGACAUGAAUAAUUAUAAUAACAUUUAUGAAAUAAAAACAUCGGUAAUUAAAUGUAUGAAAGGGGAACAAAAAGUUGUUAAACAUUUUGAACAUCAAUUAUUGAAAUAUAUUUGGGAUGAUCGAGAAAACGUAUUUAAAUUGCUUCAAGGACUAGACAAUGGUACGACUACACUUUCUAAACUUUUGGACAAAUCUCAUGGUCUAACUACAGAAGAGCACGAAAGUCAAUUAGAAUUAUUUGGCAAAAAUGAAAUUGUCAUUGAAGUACCAUCAUAUUGGAAGCUUUUCAUUGUGGAAGUAUUAAAUCCUUUUUACGUUUUUCAAAUAUUCAGUAUAGGAUUAUGGUUUUUUGAUGAAUAUGAGAUUUAUGCUGUUUGUGUAUUGGUCAGUUCUGCGUUUUCGAUUGGUACAUCUUUGUAUCAGUUAAAAGAGCAAAGUCGAUCUCUGAAAAAAACUGUAGACACUCAUAACUGUGAUAUAUAUACAGUUUUAAGAAGAAAUAGUGAAAAUAUCAAAGUAAAAGCAGAGUAUUUGGUUCCUGGAGAUGUAAUUGUAAUUCCACCAGGAGGUGGUAAUAUUGCGUGUGAUGCUUUAUUGCUGUCUGGUAACUGUAUCGUGGAUGAGAGUCUUCUUACAGGUGAAAGUGAACCUAUAACAAAAAGUCCUCCGUCUUCUAUUGAAGAGUUUUGCUAUGUAAGCUCAGCUCAUAAACACCACACAUUAUACUGUGGAACAAGAAUUUUACAAUCGAGAUUUUAUUCUGGUGCACAAGUUCUAGCUUUAGUCGUGAGAACUGGAAGUUCUACAGCUAAAGGAAAUUUGAUACGUUCAAUUAUGUUCCCAAAAGAAAUAGAUUUCGAAUUUUAUCUGGACUCCAUUAAAUUUGUUAUCAUUAUGUUUAUUGUUGCUACAAUAGGUAUGGGUUAUUGUGCAUAUUUAUAUUUAAUGAGACAGGCUUCUUUAGAGUAUAUUGUUAUUAGGAGUCUUGACAUUUAUACUGUGGUAGUACCUCCUGCUUUACCAGCAGCAAUGACAAUAGGUAUUGUACAUUCUCUUCAACGUUUAAAACGCCAUAAAAUAUAUUGCACUUGUCAAUCUCGCAUCAAUGUAUCAGGAAAAAUAAAACUAGUUUGCUUUGAUAAGACAGGUACUCUUACAGAAGAUGGACUUGAUUUUUUAGGUGUUUUACCAUUUAGUGAGGAUUUAGAUAUUUCUUCUGAUAUAUCAACAAAAUUAAUAAAAGAUAUAGCUGAACUAGAUGUGCGAUCACCAUUAGUAGCUGCCAUGGCUACUUGUCACUCUCUUACUCAUAUUCAAGGAUGUUUAGCAGGAGAUCCUUUAGACUUGAGCAUGUUCAAUGCUACUAAUUGGGAAUUUGAAGAACCAGGAGUUGAUAGUUCAAGGUUUGAUAAUUUAUUGCCUUCCAUUGUGAGACCACCAAAACAAUUAGACAUAGAAGAUAACCCAGUGGAAAUUGGUAUAGUGCAUCAGUAUCCGUUCAACUCUAAAACUCAAAGUAUGUGUGUAAUAGGUAAAGUUUUUGGAUCUCGAAAUUAUACGGUUUAUUGUAAAGGUGCUCCAGAAAAAAUAAUACAGAGUUGUUUGUCACACACAAUUCCUUCAAAUACUUUUUCUGUUUUGGAAAAAUUUGGUUCCUUAGGGUAUAGAAUUUUAGCAUUAGCAUAUAAAAACUUGCCAAAGAAAGUAAAUUGGAAAAAUUUAUAUCAUCUGAAGCUGGAAGAGGUUCAGAGUAAUUUAAUUUUUCUUGGAUUCCUUGUUAUGCAAAAUAAACUCAAACCACAAUCAAGAUCAGUUAUUAGUCAACUUAGGACAGCCAAUAUAAAAAGUGUAAUGGUUACAGGUGAUAAUUUGUUUACUGGUAUAAGUGUUGCAAAAGAAAGUUUAAUAAUUCCAUCAUUAAACAUAAAUCUUGCAGUUGUAACAGCCACACCUAGUACUGAAAUUACCAGAGGUGAUAUCAAAAUAGAACCUGCUCUAGGAAAUACUCUUAGUGAACCUAUGCAUUAUGCAAUUGAUGGUAAAUCAUGGGCAGUAUUAGAAUCGGAAUUCCCUAGUUGGCUGCCACAAAUUGUUACCAAAGGUUUAGUAUUUGGUCGUAUGUUACCUGAACAAAAAGUAAAACUAGUAGAAUAUUUUCAAAGUUUAGGCUAUGUGACUGCUAUGUGUGGGGAUGGUGCUAAUGAUGCUGGCGCUUUAAAAGCUGCUCAUGUGGGAAUAUCACUUUCACAAGCUGAAGCAUCUAUAGCUGCUCCAUUUACUUCUCAAGUUACAAAUGUCACAUGUGUAACUAAAGUGAUUCGUGAGGGGCGAUGUGCCUUAGUUACAAGCUUUGGCAUUUUCAAAUACAUGACAUGUUAUAGUUUGAUACAAUUCAUAACAUUAGUUAUACUUUACAGUAGGGGAAUAAUGUUAGGAAAUUUUCAAUUUCUUUACUUCGAUUUUGUUCUUACAACAUCGUUAGCAAUAGUAAUGGGUGAUAGUGAGCCUGCUGAUAAAGUAUUUCCUCAUCGUCCACUUUCAAGAAUACUUACACCAAAAAAUUUGAUUCCAUUAUUCUUACAAAUUUUGGUUUGUGCAUUAAUUCAACAAGCAUCAUUGUUUUAUCUUACACUACAAAAUUGGUAUAUUCCUGCAAUUCCAGCUUGGUCAGAUGAUGAUGUUAUUGUGUGUUGGGAAAAUACAACACUAUUUUUUACUAGUGCAUAUCAGUAUAUUAUUUUGGCAUUAGUAUUAAACAAAGGACAACCACACAGAAAGCCAUUUUACAUGAACUUAUCCUUUACUAUAGUAGUUAUUAUUUUGAUUUUGUUUACCUUGAUGUUACAAACUAUAGAUGUAUCAACAAUUAAAAAUAUAUUUGACAUUGUAGUCUUAGACCAAACACAUGAGAAUGAACAAAGGCUUUUCCUUGUUACAUUACUAGCUUUUCCAGUUCUACAUUUUUAUUUAGCUAUUAUGAUUGAGAUACUCGGAGAAUCUAUGCUUCUAAAAAUUUGUAUUAACAUUGUUAAAAGAAAAAGAGCACCCAAAAAUAUAUAUAAACAAGUUCUAAAUGAAUCAUCAAAUUUCAUGUCAAUUUAAAUUAAUGAUUAAUGGAACAGGGGAUAACAUUCAGGUUACAGUAAGUUACAAGUAUACUUGCAAGUCGAUCUAAUUUCUUAUUUGAAUGAUGUAUAGUUAUAGAAGUAUGUACACUAUUCUAUUUUGAGAACUUAUCAGUUUUUUGUGUACAUAUUAUAUGUAUGUAAAGCAAAACUUGUGUAAUAUAAUUUAUAUAUAUAUGUGUGUGUGUGUAUGUGUGUGUGUGUAUUAGUUUAUAAUUUUGUUGUACUGAUCAUUUUUAUUUUAUUUAUUAUAUAUUAUUUUAUUGCUCAAAUAUAAUUCAUAAAAAAUUUGAGUUCUAAAACUCAUGAGUUAGUA